AAUCAUUUUAUUUAAUAUCAAUAGUCAAUAUUGCAAAGUAAUUGAUAAAAGCAAAGCUAAGGCAGUAAUUUUUUUUUUAUAAGUAUCAAAUCAUAAAAAGUGAUAUAAUUUAGUGCCACUUGUACAUUAACUUUUUAUUUUUGAAGAAUUAGCCUUGAAUGCGUCUUUCUUACCGAGUGAGAGUAGAAAAGCAAACCUCGACUGCUGUGGUCCAAACGGCACGAGAAAGCUAGCUCAAACCUUGCACCUACUGUUCUGCUUUCCUUUUUCGAAGGCAAUUACAAAGCUGUGGCUGCUAUUGUGACAAAUCGUCGAGAACCUGCCUCUUCAGGUUCAGAGAAGGCCACGUCUUUAAUAUCCACGUGUCAACUGAGCAACUACUUAAAAUUUUGCCAGCUACAAAGCCUAACUAUGUGCAACAUGGCUAUUCUUCCCUCCUCCUCCUUACUUUCACUUUCGCAGAGAAAACUCAUCUAUCCAUCUUCAAUAUUUGCAUGUUCAACUCAAAUUAGGUUCCAACUUGGCUUCCAAAUCAUGACUUCCACUUCAAAAUGCGAACCCAAAUCCGUUGCUUCUUCAACAGUUUACGAGGUUCCGGGACUAGACUCCCAUGAAAUGGACAGCAUUGCGGAGAAAACCUUUGCAAGGUACUCAUCAAAGACAGAACUGAAGAGGAAUGGGAAAGGGAUUUCGAUAGUUUGGUAUAGGAAUGAUUUGAGAGUGUUAGACAACGAGGCUUUGUUUAAGGCUUGGGUUUCUUCUGAGGCCAUUUUGCCUGUUUACUGCAUCGACCCUCGUCUCUUUGAGACCACAUAUUACUUUGGUUUACCUAAGACUGGAGCUUUGAGAGCACAAUUUAUCAUUGAAUGCUUGGCUGAUUUGAAGAAGAAUUUGAUGAAGAAGGGCCUUGAUCUUCUCAUUCAACAUGGGAAGCCAGAGGACAUUCUUCCUUCUCUUGCAAAAGCUUUUGGAGCUCACACAGUAUAUGCCCAUAAAGAAACCUGCAGUGAGGAGCUACAGGUUGAAAGAUUGGUUGUGCGAGGUCUGAGACGUGUGGUUUUAUCACCAGCUCAAGGGAAUUCUACCAAUUCAAGUUCAACAAACAACCCUAAGCUAGAACUUAUAUGGGGAAGCACUAUGUAUCACUUAGAUGACCUUCCAUUCAGUGUCAGCAGUUUGCCAGACGUAUAUACGCAGUUUCGCAAGUCUGUUGAAGCCAAAUGCACAAUCCGGGGGUGCAUUAGACAUCCAAAAUCUCUUGGACCACCUCCCAAUAUUGAUGAUUGGGGAAGUAUUCCUUCAAUUGAGCAGCUUGGACUUCACUUAGAAAAGGCUACCAAAGGAAUGCUAUUUUUAGGAGGUGAAACUGCUGCAUUGAGCAGAGUAACAGAAUACUUCUGGAAGAAGGACUUGCUAAAAACAUACAAGGAGACGAGGAAUGGGAUGUUAGGACCUGAUUACUCAACGAAGUUCUCUCCGUGGUUUGCUUCAGGAAGUCUCUCUCCUCGAUUAAUAUAUGAAGAGGUAAAGAGAUAUGAAAAGGAAAGGCAAGCAAAUGACUCCACAUACUGGGUGUUGUUUGAAUUGAUAUGGAGGGAUUACUUCAGAUUUCUUUCGAUCAAGUAUGGGAAUUCGCUUUUCCAUUUAGGUGGCCCAAGAAAAGUGGAACAGGGAUGGAGUCAAGAACAAAAAUUGUUUGAAUCCUGGAGAAAUGGCUGUACUGGAUACCCUCUAAUAGAUGCAAACAUGAAGGAACUAUCAACCACUGGAUUCAUGUCAAAUCGAGGCCGGCAGAUUGUAUGUUCCUUUCUUGUUCGAGACAUGGGAAUUGACUGGCGGAUGGGAGCAGAAUGGUUUGAAACAUGCCUUUUAGAUUACGACCCAUGUUCCAAUUAUGGAAACUGGACGUAUGGUGCAGGAGUUGGAAAUGACCCUAGAGAAGACCGCUAUUUCAGCAUCCCAAAGCAAGCACAAACAUAUGAUCCUGAAGGCGAGUAUGUGGCAUAUUGGUUACCAGAGCUUGUUGCCCUUCCCACAGAAAAAAGGAACUUUCCUGGAAAAUCGUAUAUUGAGCAAGUUGUACCUCUCAAAUUCGGGAACACCAAUAGGCACCAUAAUCAAAGCAUGGCGAGAAGAAGCAAAUUUGGUGGGAGACAGUUCGGGGCACAGAGGAGAUGAAAGAAGGAAAACACAUCUUUUCUUUGUUGUAAUCCUGGAAGGUGUGGGCUGGCUUUACUCUUUUUUAUUUUUCAUUUACAUCCACAGGGAAACACAUUUUUCAUUUGCUGAAGAAGUUUUAAAUAUCAUUCUUGCAUUGAGUCGAACAAAUUUUAAAAUUAUAAAAAAUAAGCCUACAUUUAGUGUUAUGCAAAUCCAAACAAGUGGAGUGAGUCAAGCGAAGGAUGGGUUACGUGAGCUUGGCGACGGCUGAUGGACGUAAUUUCCUGCUAUCGUUUGCUGUAUUUGCUGUCUUCUCCAUCAAUUGAUGUUUUCAGCCUACAUGGUAAAGACAAUUAGAAAAGCUGUUCAAAAAUUACAAAGAAAAAUUUAUGGAAAAAAGUAGAUGAAGAUUUAAGGUGC